AUGGCACCCCAGACACGUUCCCAGAGAGUCCUCAGAGCUGCUUCCAAUGCAUCCUCCACUGAUGAAAGUGAAAUCAGACUUGCAUUUGACAAUGUCAUCAAGGCCAUUUCUCCUCCAUCUCAUCAUUCAGACUCAGCAUGCUCUUCUCCUCUGUCCCCAUCCUACAGUGUAAUAAUGGGUGGUCUCCUUGCCAGAGCAAUGACUCCUCCAGAAGAUCCAGAAUCCUCUGUUGAUGAGGAUGAACUGAACCAGAUAUACGAGAAGUGCCAGGCCAUGGUAAACCACUUGAGUGGGUCAGAAGAGGAGCAUCAAAGCAAUGCCUCUGACGAUUCCUUUGUGAAUGUGCAUGGCCCAUCAGUUGCACCAUCGCAUCCACCCCAUCAGGACUCGAGUCAGGAGUCAGGGGUGCCUUCUGUACGUGAUAUCAUCAUGUGUUCCAUGGCCAGGCCUACCACAUGGGCGAUGGCCUACCAGACCCUAGGGACACUCCGGUAUGAAACUUGGAUCGAUGCCAGCAUCCUCAACUUUCAUCUCCUGUCCCAAUGGUAUGCUGUCCAGGGCAAAAUGCAUGUCCGCUAUGCCAACUUGUUCUCUGUCAUUCCAUCUGUCAGUGGGGGCACCCAUGCCUUACCAGAUGCACAGGAGAUUCAACUUUUUCGUCAACGCCAUCUCUUCAAUUCCCAUCCUGCCAAUCCAUCCAUUCCCAUUGCCUUUGUGGUCAUGCAAAACAGUCACUUCUUUGUUGCAGUCUUUGACUAUUGGUUGAACCUUGCAUUCAUCCUUGGAAGGCGCAUCGAACGUGUCCCAGAAACCCCUCAUCCCCACUAUGACCCACUGCGUGAUGACUGGAACACAUGGAAUGGCCCUUUCUACUGGACACGCAUAGCAUCGCUUCAUGGAUUCGAUGCCAUCGACCCAACCCAAGUUGAUGUGCAGGUGUACAAUUGGUCACAGAACGGUUUCAACUGUGGCCCCAUUGCAUCCUUUGUCAUGGAGUCACUCAUGAGAGGGGGGCUAUCUGGUGAUGGCAGGCCUACCAUCCACAUCCCUCCAAUUCCUUGUGGUCAUCGUCUCCGCCUUCGAAUGCUUGUCAUGUGGGACGACACCAAAGCCAUCAGUGAAGACAUCCUCAUGGAUGUGGAAAACCAAUCAUCUGGAGAGCAACAUGCUACCAUCGUCCGUGAGUUGAAUGUCAUUGGGGCCAACUGCCUUCGCUGCCGAAGGGGGGAUGACUCCAGCAAUGUAGUGAACCCUGAUGUGCACUCCGAUGGUGACUUUCCGACUGACACUGAAGAUGAAGGUGAAGACCAUCGUUUGCCUCUGGAUGCCAAGUCUCAGCGUCUCAGGGAUCUCCUUCGGCACUACCCUUAUGUGAGCAGGGCCAGAGCCAGGGAUCGACUUCCUCCUCGGGCUGCCCAUGGUCAUCAAGUUGAAGGGGAAUCCACUCCAGAUGAUCCCCUUGAGAUCAUCCAGCGACACAAGCAUGUCAAGGACUGGUCAGCUGGAACGAUGUACCGUUUCCCACGUCCAACUCCGCCGGUAUACCUCCCUGCAUACCAAGGUCAACGAUGGAAACCUUUCAAUCGCAGGUUUGAUGAGUAUGAAGGAGGACCUGUCUUGGAAAGUUUGCACCAGGACCGCAACUGCAACGAGAUCGUGGAGGAGCCCUACUAUCGGCCUGGGAUGUGGACGUCCUUUCGAGAUUAUGGCUAUCGUCUGCUGAGUUCCUUCAACCAGAUGUUCUACUUGGGUCCCCCCAUCAGAUUGUCAGACCAUAUCCUCCAAGUGGGUGUUCCAGCUAACUACCAGUCUUCUCAUCAAAUCGGCGACCAUGUUACUGGAAAUUACUCUCUUGCCCGGCAGGUGCCCCAUCCAUCAAGAGUCGAUGUGGAUGAUGUGGUCAUACUGGGUGCCUCUCAGAUGAUCAAGAUCGGCUCAAGCACGUCAGAACGUCUCGUGAACACCUUUGUGAAUGGGCGGCAUGAGGAUGGGCGUCACAUCUGCCUGGACCUGGAGCUGGAUCACAAGUUGGUGACUCCAGAGGAGUUGGAAGUCACUGUGGACAUUGACAGUCUCAUAUGGGUGACGCAUUCCCUACAGUUCAACACACCGCUGCCCAUCUACCUUGGUCCCAUCGUCGAGGAAAAGGCUCCUAUGCACAAGCACAAUCAUGUGUAUGUUGACAUCCUCGUGCCUCAGUCAGAGGCAGAUUCCAGUGCCAUCGGAAGCCGUACCGAAUGGUUGACCAUGGCAUUUCCUCUGUGUGGAGUACCUCACACAGUGUUUGGUGCCUUGAGCAACGCUGCUGGCACCAUGAAUGUCUACAUUUGCUUCCCCAGGAUGAUCCACAGGGAUGAGAUGACACACAAGCGUGCCAAUCGCAUCCCAAAGGAGGUCCUUGACUUUUUCUGGGAGCAUGUCCUACUUCCAGCGAUCCAUGCACAUGCAGAUGUUUCGAGUGCACCAUAUGUCUCUCUCACUCUGAAGGAAGUGCAGUUCAAGGCACGAAAGGGUGGCAAAACCAAGAAGGCUGGUCGGCCAAAAGCAGUCCCCUUUUCUAAUGCAAGUGUUGAAGCAGAUCCAGAAGUACCAUGGAGGCAAUCAUCCGAGAGGACCCUUCACGAUUUGCAAACUAUGGGAAUCAAGUUGUGGACGAAAACCACCCUGUCAGGAGCCGUUCAAACGCCAGUCCAAGCUCUCCUCCAUGGACUUCCAGCUCUGGAUUGGUCCCACAUGGUAGACAGGGCCAAUGGGGAGCUCUUGGUCGACUUGGGAAUCAGCAUUCACCCCACAUGUGAUGAAAAGCUCGUUGGAUUGUGGAGACUGGAUGCCCUGGAAGCUUCCUUUGGGGCAGGUGGAUAUUUGCGAGGAAAUGCCCACCACACUUGCAUGCUUGGACGGUAUGGGGGGAUCCAAGCAGAGAUGUCACAGGAGCGAGCAAGGCAAACUCACAUUGCAUUCAGAAGUGCAUAUAAUCUGGCCUACGAGGUGAUCCGACCCAACGACAACAGCCCCACCUUUGUCAUGGACAAGGAUGCUUAUGCCCUGAACAAUGACUUCAUUGGGGAAUGCAUGCAGGCCAUCAACAUGUAUUCUGGAGAUGCAAAGAAGAGGUCAUAUGGGGUGCGAGACGAGUACAGGAUGAGUGGGGCUGCAGUGGAGCAGGCAAUACUGGUGGUGCCACAAAGGGUGAUGCAUUUCCAAGCUCCAUCAUGCUCAUAUCUGAUGCUUCCAUCUUUGCAGAUGGAAGAGCUUUUAGCCUCCAAUCCCAUUCUCUGGAUCCCGACCAAAGUCUGGUUGGAAUUUAUGGCUAGACGCAUCAGGGCCCUCCAGUUGGCUCAGAUCUCUCUCAAGGAACUGGAACCACCCAACCUUGGGAUUCUGACUGGCAUCAUCUGCCACAUGAUUCGGUGCACGUCCACCACUGCAAUAAUCCUUGACUUCCAUGUGAGAGAGUCCAUGGCCCUUCUGCAGGUCUCCAGGGUGUGUGAGCGGUUUGGAAUGUUCUUCCUUUUGGACCUGGACUUGCAUCAUGUCCCCCAUCUUCCAGAAGUUCAGGAUCAUGACGACCUGGAGGUGCUCAAGCUGAUGGAGGGAAAGUUGAAGAGGGGUGAUGGACGACCUGCCUGGCCAAGGAUUCCCCCUCUGGACGAAGUGGAACAAUUUCCCAUUGGCAGCAGACCGACGUGGGCCAAAUUGACAAGGACCAUCCAACUGCAGCCUUGGUUGAUCAUGCAGGACUGGAAGUGGUCGGCCCAACUGUCCAGUCUGGGGCCAGUGGUAGGGAAACUUUUCGUUCUGUUUACCUGUCAGCUUUGGAUCCAGUUGGAUGCGACUUGGCUGACAGGCUCAGAGGGAAAACCAGAGCCAACAUCUUUGGAAGAAGCCAUUCAGAGUUGGACUCUGAACCAGACCUUCAGGACAAUACGUGCCUGUGAAUUCAAGGCCUGCAAUGCAGAAAUUGCAGGGAGUGGAGGGGCUGGUCGCCGACAGUCAAGCUUUGCAGAGAGGGUCAACCUGUUUUUCCCAGGACCCACAGCAGGACAACCUUCACGGAGGUCACCAUGGAAUGUCUUCUGGACGAAGCCUGGCUAUAUUUGGGAGUAUCACCAGGUGAUGAAGAACAGGACACCCCUGGAGGAGUUUGAGGUGCUGGACCACCUUGGCAGGAUAUUUUCUGUCCUUCAGACAUUACCUGAUGCGACCAAAGGGAGUGAAAAGAGUCCUGGGAAGACAUGGCGGGUGGAGGGUGAGAAGGUGGUUCUGGUGACAAAUCCCAAGUUCUACAAGAUCGAGGGUAUCUCCACCGAGAAGGAACAGCAACAGGCCAGGAGACGAGCAUCUCGAGUGGUAAAGCCCAGGAAUGCACUGCAGAUGGAGCUCCUGGAGCAUGCUGGAUAUGACGAACUGCUGGCUAGCAAGGCCCUCAUCUUAGAAAGGCAGAGGCUGAAAGAGGCACAGACUAAGAAGCUCCAGCAAGAAGAGGCAAGGCCACCUCAUAGAGGGAAGCAGAGGGAUGGGGAGGGGGAAGGCAAGGGUAUGGGUACAGAGGGAGACAGUGAUGAAUUCUGUUCAUCCAGUUCCCCAUGUAUCAAUGAUGUGGUGCCAACUUGUGGUGCACUCUGUGCGCUCGGUCGAUGCACUCUGUGCACUCAGUUGAUGCACUUCAAGGGGUCCAGCAUGCUCCGAGGAGGAGUGGUCAGAUGGGAACAUUGGUCGAUUGAGGUGGUCCUAGUGGGGACGAACACCACUUCAAGGGGUCCAGCAUGCCCCAAGGAGGAGUGGUCAGAUGGAAAUGUUGUGUUCGUCCUGCUGUACAGACCUGUGGAUGUCCAAAUUAGGCUGAUUGAGGUGGUCCUAGGGGGACGAACACCAUUUCAAGCGAUCCAGCAUGCUCUGAGGAGGAGUGGUCAGAUGGGAACAUUGACCCUAGGAGAGUCAGGGAAAGAUGGUCGAAUUGAGGUGGUCCAAGGGGGGACGAACACCACUACAAGUGAUCCAGCAUGCUCCGAGGAGGAGUGGUCAGACAGGAACAUUGACAUAGGAGAGUCAGGGAAAGAUAGGGCUUCGGUUCUGGAUCAAUGUUCAUUGGUGUGGGUUGCUGUUCUUUGGUGUUCGAUGGGGUUCGUCCUGCUGUAUGGACCUGUGGAUGACCCAAUUAGGUCGAUUGAGGUGGUCCGAGGGGGGACGAACACCACUUCAAGUGAUCCGGCAUGCUCUGAGGAGGAGUGGUCAGAUGGGAACAUUGACAUAGCAGAGUUGGGGAAAGAUAGGUGUCCAAGUCAAUGUGGACAGGGGCUUCAGUUCUGGAUCAAUGUUCAUUGGUGUUUGUUUGUGUUUGCUGUUCUUGGUGUUCAUGGGGUUCGUCUGCUGUAUGGACCUGUGGAUGUCCAAAUUAGGUCGAUUGCAGUGGUCCUAGGGGGGACGAACACCACUUCAAGGGUCCAGGCAGCCAUGAUGGGGAGUGGUCAGACAGGAUCAUUGACAGGAGUCAGGCAAAGAUGGUUAGCACACUCUAAACAAGUCACAGGGUGUCCCAGUCAAUGUGGACAGGGGCUUUGGUUCUGGAUCAAUGUUCAUUGGUGUUCUUGUGUUGUCAUGUUCGUCCUGCUGUAUGGACCUGUGGAUGUCAAAUUAGACCUAGGAGAGUCAGGCAAAGUGGUUAGCACACUCAAACAAGUCACAGGGUGUCCCAGUCAAUGUGGACAGGGGCUUUGGUUCUGGAACAGUGUUCUUCGGUCAAUUGCAAUUGAGCUAGGGGGGAUGAACACCACGUCAAGCAGCCCAGCAUGCUCCAAGGGGGAGUGGUCAGAUGGGAACAUCAGAAUGUUAUAA